CAAAACCGAAGAAAAAAACACCCAAAUAUCUCUCUCUCUCUCUGUGUUUCACUUCCCACACAAAACAUCACCGAACCCGAACUUUCUCUCUCAGAAUCCAAUACCAGACGCGUUUAGGCUUUGAGUUUCUCUUUGUCCACCAUCGGAUCUGAGUUUCUCUCCAAAACCCACGAGCGAUCUUCUCAAAUUUCGGAGAUAGGGAGCCCCCAAUUGUGGAGUUGGGGGCGAACCCAGUGAGUUCGAAGUAAAAAAAACAUUGGAGAAAACCGGAGGUCGGAGACGAAGAAGAAGUUGAAGGGGAGUAGUGGGUUGUGAUCCGUUUUGGUUAUAUUUUUGGCAGGGGCAUUUCCCCAAUCUGAAAUGGGAAUGCCCAGGCACCCAGCAAGACGUCCACGAUGAGCAGGCAAAACGACGAAGAAGACGAAGAGAACGAGUGCUUCUACGAGUCCCUCGAUCGGAUAGUCUCCUCUUGUUCCUGCUCCACUUCCAACUCGGAUUCUGACUCUGAGCACAGCAAUUCGGACUCGCCCACCUCAACUCAUGACCCGGCCACCGACAACGAUCGCGCCAGCCCGUUUCCUGUCCCCAGGUUUCCCAUGGGUGUCACCAAGUUUGAUAUAUGGAUCUCCGAGCCCGCAUCGGUGUCCGAGAGGCGUAGCCGGCUCCUGCGAGAAAUGGGUCUCAGUGGCGACCCGGCUCUCUCGCGGUCAAGGCCCGGAUCGGAAAUCGACUGCGUGAGUGUUGCUGAUUUUAGCCGAUCGGCUUCGUCUGAUCAGUUGAACCCGCAAGAUCACAGAAAGACUUCGGACAAUGGCAGUGGUGUUGGCGAAGUUUCUUGCAUGGUCCGAUCGAAAUCAGACGGUGCAGCGAGUUGCUGCGGCGGCGGAAAGGGAAAUGGUAACGAUGACGAUCGAGGUCAUCAACUUCAGCGUAACUCUUGUUCUCAUUCGUGUUCAUUCUCUCUUUGUUCUUCUUCAAUUCUUUCUAUUCGUUCCCUCGCGGAGACUGGUAAACCCAGUCCCGCUCUUGUAAAUAAUAAUCGUAACCAGAACUAUGAUCAUAAUGAUGAUGAUGAUGAUGAUAAUCGUGUCCUCGAUGAGUCACGGAGCAGCAAGAGCAAUGACGGAUCCGUUGCCAGUGGUGCAUCCCAAAAUAAGCCACCCUCAGGGAAGAACCGUAGGCGGGUUAACGACUCCACUAGUUUGAAUGGUAGUGUAGGUGGUAACUCAUUAUCUCUAUUGGGAAAUGCGUGUGGGCAGGGAACUGUUGAGGAUUUGGACUGUAAUGGGAUGGAGAUCGUUAAUGUGAAUGAGCAAGCGUGUACUAUUAAGAAUCUAGAUAACGGGAAGGAGUUUGUGGUGAAGGAGAUUAGGGAAGAUGGGAUGUGGGACAAGUUGAAGGAAGUGGAAACUGGCAGGCAGUUGACUAUGGAGGAGUUCGAGAUGACUGUUGGGCACUCACCAAUUGUACAAGAGUUGAUGAGGAGGCAGAACGUGGAGGAUGGUUCUAAAGAUAGUUCUGAUUUGAACGCCAAUGGCAGUGGAAGUGGGGGGUCGAAGUCGAAGAAGAAAGGGAGCUGGUUGAAGAGUAUAAGGAGUGUUGCGAGCAGUGUGACAGGGUAUAAGGAGAGGCGAAGCAGUGAUGAGAGGGAUACUUCAUCAGAGAAAGGUGGGCGGAGGUCAAGUUCUGCAACAGAUGAUAGUCAGGAUGUUUCAUUUCACGGACCAGAAAGAGUGAGGGUUCGUCAGUAUGGGAAGUCUUGUAAAGAGAUCACGGCUCUUUACAGGAGCCAGGAGAUUCAGGCUCAUAAUGGGUCUAUUUGGAGCAUCAAGUUUAGUUUGGAUGGUAGGUAUCUUGCGAGUGCAGGAGAGGAUUGUGUCAUCCAUAUUUGGCAGGUUGUGGAGUCAGAAAGGAAGGGGGAGUUGUUGGUGGAGAAACCAGAAGAUGGAAAUUUAAAUUUGUUGCUCAUGGCCAAUGGAUCCCCAGAACCAACCACAAUGUCACCCAAGAGAAGAGGGAGGACAUCUAUAGGUCGAAAGUCAUUAAGUUUGGACCAAAUUAUGGUGCCAGAAACUGUUUUUGGGCUCUCAGAAAAACCUGUUUGCUCAUUUCAGGGACAUCUGGAUGAUGUGCUCGACCUAUCAUGGUCCAAGUCUCAGCACUUGCUUUCAUCUUCAAUGGACAAAACUGUUCGGCUAUGGCAUUUAUCCAGCAAGACUUGUUUGAAAAUAUUUUCACACAGCGAUUAUGUUACUUGCAUCCAGUUUAAUCCUGUUGAUGAUAGAUACUUCAUUAGUGGAUCCUUAGAUGCUAAAGUUCGUAUAUGGAGCAUUCCCGAUCGUCAAGUUGUUGAUUGGAAUGAUCUGCAUGAGAUGGUCACGGCAGCCUGUUACACACCAGAUGGUCAGGGAGCACUUGUUGGUUCAUACAAAGGGAGCUGCUGUUUAUACAACACAUCUGAUAACAAGUUGCAACAGAAAAGUCAAAUUAAUCUGCAGAAUAGGAAGAAGAAAUCUCAUCACAAGAAAAUCACUGGGUUCCAGUUUGCCCCUGGAAGUUCAUCAGAAGUGCUCAUCACAUCUGCAGAUUCACGAGUACGUGUUAUUGAAGGUGUUGACCUGGUUCACAAGUUUAAAGGUAAGAAACAUGUAUCUCUUUGUUCAUUAUUAUUUAUAGUAUAUAUUAUGUGUGACUAUAAUUUAGACAUUUUUUCUUCGCCAGAUGCUCUUUUUUGUUUUGGUUUACAAUGAAAUGAAAUACUUGUUAAAGAUGAGCAUAGCAAUGUAAGAAAAACAUAGACUACAAUGAAUAAGACUUUGAAUGAUUGAUUACAUUCUGACAUCAAGCUAAGCAUUCUAUCAAAACUUAUGGUUCCUGUAACUUAUCAAGUCCUGUUUCAUGUUAUCUGAAAUUUCAGUAUGAACUGGCAUGUCUGCGGCAUAUGAUUUCAUUUAUAUACAAUUCUGUAAAGUCAUAAAGCUGGUGAUAAAGUCUGAUGCUUUUAAGCAUGUAUGAACUGUGCUUCCAUACUCAAGAUUAUGUUGACAGGAUAAGCUGUGUUUCCACACUGCCCAUUAUUUUAACAGGAUAAGCUGUGUUUCCACAC